AUGGGUCUAAAAGUACCCUACACAGCCCCUGGCACGCAGGCGGGCCCCGGCCGGCCACCCACCCACCUGCUGACCCUCGGCCCCUCCGCAGGUGAGUGUCCCAGCCCGGGGCGCGGCGGCGCGGCCAAGCGGAAGAAGAAGCAGCGGCGGAACCGCACCACGUUCAACAGCAGCCAGCUGCAGGCGCUGGAGCGCGUGUUCGAGCGCACGCACUACCCCGACGCCUUCGUGCGCGAGGAGCUGGCCCGGCGCGUCAACCUCAGCGAGGCGCGUGUGCAGGUCUGGUUUCAGAACCGCCGGGCCAAGUUCCGCCGAAACGAGAGGGCCAUGCUGGCCAACCGCUCCGCCUCGCUGCUCAAGUCCUACAGCCAGGAGGCCGCCAUCGAGCAGCCCGUGGCUCCCCGGCCCACCGCCCUGAGUCCCGAUUAUCUUUCCUGGACCGCCUCGUCCCCCUACAGCACGGUGCCGCCCUACAGCCCUGGAGGCUCAGGCCCUGCGACCCCAGGAGUCAACAUGGCCAACAGUAUCGCCAGCCUCCGUCUCAAGGCCAAGGAGUUCAGCCUGCACCACAGCCAGGUGCCCACAGUGAACUGACGGCCGGCCUCCCAGGACCCCACUGCCUCCCCGGUCUAACAAGGGCAAAGAGAGCAGACAUGAAAGUGACCUUCUCCUGUCCGCUGUCCCCAGGACAGGCUGGUUGGGCUCUCCUGGCCCCUCUCUCCAGUCCGGACUCCUGGGCCCAAGAGGCUGCUGAGAUGCCAGGAGCCCCUUGUCUACAGCCGUGGGAGACUUUGGCCCAUGACCUUUGGAGGGGUUGAGCCAGAGGCGCAGGAGCCCACCAAGGACUGCAUUUAUUUUGUGUAUUAAAACCGAAAAGCUUUUGUCUUUAAGAAAUAAAAAAAAAAUUUUAAGCCCCAAAAAGUUUGAGGGAGGGCGGAUAAGGGCAGCGAAGCAAUUGAGUGGAUGGCCUUCUGGGGCCCUGCUCUGGCCUGCAGCCGUGCCGGGGCCAGAUGCCCUCAUGUGGGCGCCUUCUUGUGAAUGAAGCCCUCCAUCAUCCGGCAGAGCCCCACGGGUGGGGAGUCGGGUAGGAGGACAGAGGCCUGCCCUGGACCCCACGG